CUUUGUGAAUUGCUUGCAGAAAGAAACGCGUUCACAGUACUUCAGCUGACAUGAAAGGCUGGAAACUCUGUCUCAUCUUCAUCUUUCCACUGCUGACUUCAACUCUUGGAGGAGAGGACACGGUGGCAGAAGACAUCGGUGUCCAUCAACUGGAGCGAUUAGUGGAGAUGCUGACGGUAAAGGAGUGCGAAGAUCUUCUACGCACUCUCUCCCACCCGGAGGAAAAUAUAUUCCAUCGACUUGAACGCCUCUCGCCGAAAAAAAAUCUAUCAGCUCUUAAGUCCCGCACCAAAAGAGACACAUCUUUAUUUGUGGACAGUGAGGCUCAGUGUCAGGCAGCCCUCACAGAGUGGCUGCUGCAGUACGGUGACCACACCUACUAUGACAGGCUCACACGCGCCUUGCAGCACAUUGGCAGAAGUGACAUCGCCAUUGAAGUGGGGAAGAACAUCAAUCAGGACAAAGUGUUGAAGCUGAAGCGCUACGUGGACGGUUAUCACAAAUAUGUGAGCUCUUUAAACAUCCCGUCAGUACAAGUGGAUCCAAAACAAGAUGCAGGUCAGAAGGUCAAGAAAAGAACUGUGAGGGAUCUGAGUUGGCGUGACCUUGACCUGAUUGUGGAGCGAGCGCCUGUUCCCCCGUACAUGAAGGGACCCAUGGACGUAUUUCUGCCAGUCUUGUAUGGCUUCAUGAUGGGCUUCACAGGAGUUCCUGGUCUCCCCCUCCUCUCCUCUGUCCCCCAUUUUUCUUUCACCCCGACCGGUCGAGGCAGAUGCUGCACAUUUGUGAGUCUGGUUCUGUCGGAUUUUUUCUUCUUCUGUUAAAAGGGAGUUUUUCUGUCUCCACUGGUGUUUGUUCAUUGUGUGAAUUGUUGGGUUUCUCUUCUCUAUAUAAUAGUGUAAAUGUUUCCGUCUCUCUAUGUACAGUGCCUUGAGAUAGUGUAUGUUGUGAUUUGGUGCUAUACAAAUUCAAUUGAAUUAAAUAGUUAACAAAAGUGUAAGGUUGUAAGGUUCUUGAUGACGUGUCACCUCUCAUCCAGGAGGCUAACCCUAACCCAUGGGUAAGUUUGUCCUUCUGUUAGCAUCAUGUCUACUGUCCACUGUUUUUUGUGAUGGUAGAUAAUUACCCAAGUAU